AUGCUCCUACUCUACCACCACCUCCUCUGCCUCCUCACCCUCCGCCACCAUGCCCUCGUCAAAGCCCAAACAGUAGCAAAGACCUACACAGGCUGGGACUGCUGCAAACCCAUCUGCGCCAGCACCGACAACCGCCCCUCCCUCCUCACCACCCGCGGCGCCGUCCGCGUCUGCAACAGAUCCAACCAGCCCCUCCCCACCACCGCCGGCGUCUCAGCCGUGACGGGCUGCCAGCCCGGCGUAAACACCAACACCGCCGCCUACCUCUGCGACACGUACCAGCCCAUUCCCAUCUCCAACGACCUCUCCUACGGCUUUGCGAUCCAGGUCCAGGACAGUCAAGCAGCUGACCAUCCUAAUUGCUGUAAAUGCUAUCAAUUGCGGUGGUUGACUGGGGCGGCAGCGAAUAAAACGAUGAUUGUACAAGUUGUUACCCCUGGGGGUGCGGGGGGGGAUGUCAAAAGGGGCGACAUGAUUAUUUUGACUCCGGGAGGGGGGGUAGGGCCGCUGGGGCAGGGGGGGUGUAAUGGGAUGUAUGGGGGGGGUUACAACUGGGGGGGUGCACAGGGGGGGGUGAGGAAUAGGCAGGAGUGUGAGAGGUUGCCGGGGGGGUUGUGGGGGGGUUGUUAUUGGAGGUGGAAUUGGGCCGGGGGGGUGGUGAAUGGGUGGGAUGUGGUUUAUCAUCAGGUUGAGUGUCCGGGGCGGUUGGUAGGGAUUUCGGGGUGUGUGGCUUGA